AUGUCGAUCUCCAUCGGGGGUGCUAUCAAAAAACGAGCUUCACUACAUAUACUAUCGGAUAACAUCGAGGUUCUUGACACGCAUAUCCAGAAUAUUAUCCAAGAUGCUAUCCUCCACUCACCCAGCCCAUUUAACUGUCAAUCUGGCAGGGCUGUAGUGCUUCUGAAAGAAGAGCAUAAGAAAUUCUGGGAUAUAGCCUACAAUACUGCCAAGGAGAGCGUUGUACCCCCCAUCUUUGAGAAGACUUUCGAGCCCGUUGAGGAGAGAAUGAUGAUGUUCGGGGCACCCCUCGAUCAGAGAUUUCGCUCUCAUGGUUAUCAACUCGUCUCAUACAAUCAACUAAAUUCAACUACUCUCAUAUCAUGCUCAUCUUCAUUAUUCCGUUACGUACAAUUUCUAGUUUGA